UAAUUUUUCAAGACGUAAAGUGAACUUAAAUUUUCACGUCUAAAAGUGUCGCGUGAAAUCGUAUCGUCACAUAUGUAAAAUAGAAGAAAAAACGCGGACUUUUACGAUAAAUAAAUAUCCUUCGCUCAUUCAACUUCCUUGCAAUAAUAUUCUACAUAGUCAAUUCGUUACGGUUGCGGUGCAGUGUUAAAAAAAUAUCGGAGUACUUCAAACGGGACAAUUGUACCACGAAUAUAUAGAAGUUCUUCAUGCAAAUUAUAUGCUAAUAAAUAUAAUUUACAACACUUCUCACCUAAGUCACCCGGUUUGAAGAAUUAUCAUCACCUUCAGGAAUAGACUGGACUACAACAAUAUGCUAAACUUCCAACGUAGAAUAUUUUAUAUAUUGAUUCUGUAUAUAAACACCGCAUUCGCGUGGGAUUUCGCCGUUACAACGCAGUCGAAAAUAGUGUUCUAUGAUGAACACUGGCAGGAGGUCACAUCAUCGGCUCAUCAAUUUGACCAUCUGGGCGCCAUCACCUUUGAUGAAGCCGAAGAAAAGGUGUAUUUCACCGAUGAGAUACAUAAUAACGGCAGCAUUUUCUCACUAAUGAUACCGAAAGACUACGAAGAUCCGCAUUUAAUAGAGAAGAUGGUACAGCGCACCAAAAACGAAGCAGUUCGUUCACUUGCAUACGACCCAUUCGAUCGCAAUCUCUACUGGAGUGAUAUGCUGAAUAAGAAAAUCUACAUGGUAUCUGUGGAUGCUAACGUGUCCACCACACCAAAAGUGUUCAUCGAUUUUUCACAUGAAAACACGCAACCCGAUGGCAUUGCUAUUGAUUUUUGCCGUCGCCUGCUCUUUUGGACUAAUUCAAAUUUCACCAAUUCAAGUAUUGAGCGUAUUGGCUUGGACGGUAACGAUCGUAAGGUGAUUGUGCGUGGAGAAAUGUAUGCACCGCAUGGCAUUGUCGUCGAUCAGUUGACGGAUCGCAUAUACUAUGUGGUGGCUCAGCAGGGUAUACAUUUUUCGGUGGAGAGCGCAAAUUUGGAUGGAAGUGAUCGGCAAGUGAUACUGAAGGGCCUUAACAACGAACCCUUCAGUUUAGCUGUUACCAAAGAUGCUAUCUUCUGGACCGAUCACACAAACCGUGCAAUUUGGGGUCAUGCGAAAUUCAUUAACCACACCGAAACGCAGCAGUUAGAGCCGGAUGAUGAAACAAAUGAAGCGGAUGGUGGCGCAAACAUGAUACUGAAGUACCAGGACAGACCGCGCGGCAUAGUCGCACGGAUUCAUUAUCUUACCAAUUCCCUAAAUGAUCAACACUGCCACGAAGUGGUUGCUAGCAUUAAGAAUCGUAUUCUCUCAAUUUCCCAACCGACAAACAGUACGUCAGAUGUAGGCGCAAAUGUCUUGCGCAAAAAUUAUUGCUUGAAUGGUGGCGAAUUUGUGGCGCAAACGACCAGCUGUAUCUGUAAGGUCGGCUUCAAGGGUGCACGUUGUGAGAUCAAUGAGUGCUUGAACUUUUGUAUGCACGGCUCGUGUGUGAUCUCCUCACUCGGAUUACCGACUUGUGAAUGCCCUCGCAGCUAUUACGGCGGACGAUGCCAGUGGUACAAGUGUGCCGGCCAUUGCAUGAAUGAUGGACGCUGCGUAAUCGAGGAUUCAGGUGAACCAAGUUGCGAAUGCAAGGAGAAUUAUGGUGGAGCGCGUUGUGAAUAUAAUUCGACCGAGAUUUGUGCGCUUUAUUGUCAAAUUUUGAAACUUGAGCCGGAGACGAAUGUGCCUUACGGUUGUCAUGACAUAUGUGAGGAGCUCGUUCAACAUAGCGAAAAUGGCGCGGAGACUUAUGCGAUUCCGAAAUUCGCACAUUUGGAAAUGUGUCAGCAAGUGGACCCAUGGACCAGCACCGUCAUCAUUGUGUUCGUUUGCGGUGUAGUCGCUUCUCUAGGCUUAAUGCUUUUAAUCGUACAUGGUUUGCGCCGUUUCUACAAACCCGCACGCCCACGCAUAAAGAAAACCUUUGUGGUGCGCAAACAGGCUUCCCCAUCAACGGAUACACCGCUCACCAAUCGUCCUAUCGCAACCGAACAGUGCGAGAUCACAAUCGAAAAUUGCUGCAACAUGAACAUCUGUGACACGCCAUGCUUCGAUUCAAAGCUGUUGGAACAAACUCUUUCACGCAAUACCAAAGUUAAGGAAGAUAAGAAAAUGCUAAUAAAUAGCAUGGAUGAUGAACUUUAUUAGUAUAGCAUUGAAUAACGUGCCAACGAAGGAUUCGCUUGCAGCGCGGAUACGGUACGCGCAGUCAGGGACUGGCAUACUUCUUCUGCGCGCAAACAAAUGGAGAACAUCUACAAGAGGCCUUACAACGAAGAAACAAAAGAGAGAAUGCAAAUGUAGAACGAAACGAAAGAAGAAAUUGCCAAGAGAGAUUGAUCGAUUUGAUAAAAGGGGAAUAUGGGUCUAACGCCACGGGCAUACACAUGUAGUUAGUACGAGUUCCUCGUCCGUAGCAGAAGAUCCAGAGAAGUGCAACAACGGAUAAGCUUUAAAUAGAGUAAUAUAAUAUUCUCUGAAAUGUCACAAAUAGUAAAAUUCAUGUACUUAUUUUUUUUGAAACACUUACUUAAUUAUUUCAUUAUUAUUGCUGUAAUACUGCCUAGUGCUUUUAUUUUAGUUCAGACAAUCCAACAUUACUACAACAUUAACUCGUUUUAGUUGAAUUUAUAAAUGAAUUGUUUCUGGAGUCACAUACAAAUUUUAUUUUAUUUUGUUUUUAUUAGUUGAUUUUUUUAAACACUCAAGACCAAUUAAGGCUGUAAACACCUUUUAAAGUGUUGUAAACUUAUAAAUAUGUACAUACUUAAAUUUUGUUACUUAAAAUAAAAAUGAUGCACUGAUUCCAAAAAUGACAGCCAAGCUAAUUAAAUUAAAAAAAAAAAUAUAUAUAAAAAAAUUGUUUAAAUCUUUAAUUUAGUAAUAUUCGUAAAGGCAGCUAGUAAAAGGGGUCUCUGGAAAUUAUUAAAUUAUGUCUUAUGAAUUAUGGGGAAAAUAUCUUAUGAUGGACCAAAUUUACCAAUUUGAAAGAUCAUGUUCUUAUAGUUGGCAGUGGAAUUGAAUUUACUACAACGAGUUAUUAUCGUAAAGUGUACGUACCUAAAACAUAAACAUUAAUAUUGCUAAUUUUUAGUAGUUAUUGAUUGUUUCAAGCCAAAUAUAGUUUAAAAAGCAUCUUAUACGAUGAUCUAAAAUAUGAAAAAAAUCUGUAAAAUAUUUAUGUUAAAUGAACUAUUUUCCUCGCAAUAAUAACAAUCUUAUUUCUAAUAACGCUUCGAGGAAAUACAAAAAUAUAUACUAAAAUGACUUUCUAAUUACAUUUAGUUGGAGUUGUGUUGACUGGGAGCUUAGCCCUUGAAAUUACACAUGCUAUAAUAUAAAACUUUAACACACAAACAUAUUUGCACAUCAUAUGUAAAUAUGCUUGCAUGUGCUCUCUGCCAUUAUCAUAGUUAUGUUACUAGUUAUGUAUGUAUGUUAAGAAAUAAAUGCUUAGAAAAAAAAUAAAUGUAAGAAAUUUUAUUUCCUCUCAGUGCACAUUACUUAAUCCACAUAAACAUGUACACAUACAUAUACAUAUGUAUAUUACGUUUAUAAAUGCAAUAGAAUGUACCUCAACUGCUUCUUGACAUACUAGGUAUGAAAAAUAUAUACAGAUAUAUAGUAAAUACGUUUAUUGUACUAAAGUGGACUAACGCUAAUUAACACAUUUAUUUGUUUAUGACCAACGUAUAAAUAUUGUAAUGAGUUCAAAGUUAUUCUAAUUUUCACAGGUGUAUGUGCUGUGAUCUUGGUUAUGGUUCUGUUAUGAUUUUAGUAUAAUUUAUGAAAUAAAAAAUGCAUUAUUUA